AUGUCGCUCGACGUUAUAAUCCCAAGCUUAGUAACCUUUCAUAGAAAUAUGAGAUACUUCUCCAUCGGCGCGCGUGUUUUACAGCACUUCAUCGCCGACAAUAGCCGAUUCGAAACGAAGUUUCAGAGUCUAUUUCGGCAAUGGGCGUAUGACCCUGUAUUUGAGGUUUCAGAAGACAACUUUGCCUUGAUGGACUUAACAACCGUGGAUCUAGCAUAUAUUCAGCUGUUUCUUUUCGUAUUGCGGCACUUCCCACUGCUGUCAGAAGAUCGGCCCCUACAAGAUAAACAAGGCGAAUAUGCUCGAGCGGGUGUGGAUUCCAAUUGUGUAGAUCAUAUAUUACCGCGCUCUGCGCUUAGAGUUGCGGACUCUUAA